AUUAAUUACAUUGCCUUAGACAGGUUGAAGCGUGAAAUAUGACCCAUUGUGUCCAACAGUUUUGGACCAGGAUGAGCUCAUUAAUGUGGCAUUUGCUUUUUGUGACUUUGAUUACCUCUCGAAUGGUGUCUGCAAAUGAGUCCUCAACGCCGGAUAUGGAGGUCAGUUCUUGUAAUAUUACGGGCUUCUGGCGCAAUGAGCUGGGCUCCACGCUCCGCGUGAAGGCAGAAGGGUCAGAGGUCAGAGGUGUGUAUCAGACCGCAGUGGAGAGCACGCGCGGCGCCGCCGGGUUACACCGCACUGCACGGAUUAUCGGGAUAGUUGGUAACGGGACUCAACCUGCCGUUUCAUUCUCCGUGCUGUGGGAGAAAGGGUCAUGUUCUGCUUGGGUCGGUCAGUGUUUUAUUUUACAUGAUGGUGCACAAGUGCUGAAAAUGUUCUGGAUGUUGCGCAGUGUAGCUGACAACCUGACAGGUGACUGGGGUGAUGGUGCACAAGUGCUGAAAACGUUGGGAGAAGAUCUUUUUUUCAAGACUUGA